AUGGAGAUGGAAUCGCACUUGAAUGCUGUUCAACCAUUGCUCACUGAUCUCUACCAAAUCUCGAUGGCAUAUGCUUAUUGGAAAAGUGGUAAAAAUCAGGAGGAAGCUACAUUUGAUCUUUUCUUUCGCAAGAAUCCAUUUGGUGGUGAAUAUACAUUAUUUGCCGGUCUUGAAGAUUGUUUGAAAUUCAUAGAAAAUUACAAAUUUCACACGUCCGACGUCGAUUAUCUUCGAAAAACAAUGCCCGCCUAUAUGGAGAAGGAAUUUUUUGAUUUUAUGUUGACAAUCGAUAUGAAUGAUGUUAAAAUUUAUGCAAUACCUGAAGGCUCUGUGGUGUUUCCUCAUACGCCAUUGCUUCGAGUCGAAGGGCCUAUUUUAAAAGCACAAUUAAUUGAAACGACUCUUCUAACACUCGUCAACUAUGCUAGCUUAGUAGCAACCAAUGCCGUUCGAUUUCGUGCAGCGACAGGACAGAAUAAAAUAUUUCAUGAGUUCGGCCUACGACGCGCACAAGGUCCAGACGGAGGUCUUAGUGCCUCAAAAUACUCCUAUAUAGGUGGAUUUAAUGGCACGUCGAAUGUAUUAGCUGGUAAAUUAUAUGGAAUUCCGAUCCGAGGAACCCAUGCGCAUGCUUAUGUUAGUUCAUAUCGAAGCCUUGAUGAGCUCAAAUUUCGCGAUCUGCCUGAUCGAAUCAGUAGUGAAAUACAUCCAUUUUCUCAAUUGUGUGUGACCUAUCUCGAUAAAGUAUGUUCAACGCUUGGCAGCUCUGCCCUUCAAACUCACAAAGGUGAAUUGGCCGCGUUUAUUUCCUAUGCUAUCGCGUUUCCUUCUGACUUCUUGGCAUUGGUCGACACAUACGAUGUGCUCAAGUCUGGUUUACCGAAUUUUUUAGCUGUCGCACUUGCAUUACAUGAAUGCAACUAUAAAGCGAUCGGUCUUCGUUUAGACUCUGGUGAUUUAGCCUAUUUAUCAUCAAAAGUACGGCUAAUUUUCAUUAAAAUCGCUCAGAACUUCAAUUUACCUUACAUCGAACAUUUGAAUAUCGUAGCAAGCAACGAUAUUAAUGAGGAUACAUUGAAUUCACUGGAAAAUCAGGGACAUUCAAUUGACACGUUUGGUAUUGGAACACAUUUGGUUACAUGUCAAAAACAACCAGCACUUGGUUGUGUCUAUAAAUUGGUUGAACUUGAUAGUGAACCACGCAUCAAACUUAGUCAAGACAUCGAAAAAGUAACAAUACCUGGUCGAAAAAAUCUCUAUCGGUUCUUCAAUGGUAAUGGUGAAGCUUUAUGCGAUUUUAUGACUCACAUUGAUGAACCAGCACCAAAAGCUGGCGAACGAAUACUUUGCCGACAUCCAUUUGGAGAAACGAAACGUGCGAAUGUCACACCGACGUCCGUCCGAUGUAUGUAUACAUUGUAUUGGGCAAACGGGCGUAUUCAAGAGACGCUACCGACAUGGGAAGACGUUCGUACGUAUGCUCUCGGGCAAAUCGAAACCUUGCGUAAAGAUCACCGACGAAAUCUUAAUCCAACACCAUACAAGGUUGCAGUUAGCAAUCGUCUCUAUGAAUACCUACAUCAACUUUGGAUGCGUAGUAUACCUAUUGGAGAAAUUAGCUAG